AUGGACUCCGACUUGUGGUAUUCCAUGCUCAAUGACACCCUCUGCUAUGCCAAUCUCUGGGUGUUGGCCUGUAUGAUUGUGGUUGUCUUCGCCUGGCAGUCCUCCGGCCGUCUCUCUGCCCACCUGCGUCGCCUCGCCAGUUUUACCGACCACCGCCAGACCUACCAUCGCGUUCCCAAUUUCCAUGUGGCCUGGUUGAAGAGACACCUUUUGGAUGCGCCGCUGCUGCGCUCUCGCCAUAACCAGGAAUGGCAGCUCUCCCGCGCCGUCAACAUGGGCACCCUGCCCAGCCGCUUCCAUACCCUGCUCCUGACCGUCAUCGUUGUCAUGAAUAUUGUGCUGUGCACCAACACUGUGCCUUAUGGAUCGAAGGAAUCAACUGUUGCGGAGCUUAUUCGUAACCGAACUGGUUACAUGGCCACCGCCAAUCUGUUCCCCCUACUGGUCAUGGCUGGCCGCAACAACCCCCUGAUCCCGCUUCUGCGCGUCUCGUACGACACCUGGAAUCUGCUGCACCGGUGGUUGGGCCGCAUUGUUGUGUUGGAGGGGCUGGCCCAUGUCAUUGCCUGGGGUGUGCCCAAAGUGCAAACCUAUGGAUGGUCAACCGCACUCGGCACCUUGUCGAAACCCUUCAUGUUCAAUGGUCUCAUGGGGAUGGUGGCGAUGCUCGCCAUCCUGGUUCAAUCCCCUUCUCCCAUCCGACAUGCCUUCUACGAGACUUUCCUCCACCUUCACAUUGGGCUGGCCUGUGUGGCUGUGGGAUUUCUCUGGCAUCAUGUCUACCGUUACUCCUGCCGUUACUAUCUUUAUGCCGCCAUAGCCUUCUGGGCGUUUGAACGACUUGCGCGGUUGCUGAUUCUGAUCUACCGCAACUAUGGCUUUGGUCGCCGCACAACCGCCUAUCUGGAGGCGCUGCCUGGCGAUGCCGUCCGCGUCACUCUGCAACUCGCUCGUCCCUGGACCUUCUCGCCGGGCCAGUACUGCUUCGUCUACAUCCCGAAACUCGGAGCCUGGACCUCGCACCCCUUCUCCAUCGCCUGGGGCGAAACCGGCCAGACCUUGCUGGGGUCGUACAGCGAGAAGAUGGCCGAGGUGGAGAUGGGCAAUGACCACGGCCACCCUGGGCUGGAGUCUCGCAAGGUCAAUACGGUUUCCCUGCUCGUGCGACGUCGGACCGGAUUUACAGACAAGAUGUUUACGGAAGCAUUUGCUUACGCCCGCACCCGCUUGCCCCCGGACACGAUCAGCACUUCGCCGCGGUCAACUACGACGGAUAUCUCCACGGCAGCCAUGCCGGUCACUGCUUUUGUCGAGGGACCCUAUGGCAACCUCCACUCGCUUGACUCGUACGGCACUGUUCUCCUCUUUGCCGGUGGAGUGGGCAUCACACACUGCCUGCCAUUCAUCCGCCAUUUGGUGCAAGGAUACAGCGAUGGCACCGUCGCUGCCCGACGUGUCACUCUCGUAUGGGUCAUUCAGUCCCCAGAGCACCUGGACUGGAUCCGACCGUGGAUGACCACGAUACUCGGCAUGGAAGGCCGGCGCGACGUGCUGCGGAUCCAGCUGUUCGUAACGCGCCCGAGAAACCCCCGUGAGAUCAGGAGCCCCAGCGCGACCGUGCAGAUGUUCCCGGGCCGGCCAGAUGUGGGCACGCUCGUCCAGAUGGAUAUUGACAAUCAGAUCGGGGCCAUGGGCGUGAUGGUCUGUGGCAAUGGUGGCCUGAGCGAUGAUGUCCGCCGGGCUUGUCGACAGCGCCAGGGCCGUACCCAGUUGGAUUAUAUUGAGGAGAGCUUUACCUGGUGA